CUCAGUCAAAGGCGGAUUUCAGACAAAUAUACACCUAAAAAUGAGACUCUUAAAAUUAAUCAUUAUUCUCCAAGUUUUUAUUUUAUGUGUCAAUUCAGAAACAUACAAAGUCACUUCACAAAUCUUCCUGGACAUUGUGCAAGAUGAGAAAGAUUUGGGACGAAUUGUAAUUGGCUUGUUUGGAGAGAACUCUCCCAAAACUGUGAGAAACUUCCGGAAAAUCUGCUUGAAGGGAAUCAAUGGAAAGUCUUACAAUGGGACAAAAUUUCACCGAGUUAUCAAGAAAUUUAUGAUCCAAGGAGGAGACAUUGUUAAUGGGAAUGGUCAGGGAUCUGUGAGCAUCUAUGGAGAAACAUUUGAUGAUGAAAAUCUCACUCUAAUGCACUCUGGUCCCGGAUUUCUUGGAAUGGCAAAUCGAGGUCCCAAUACCAAUGGAUGCCAGUUCUAUAUUACAACUAUUGCAACUCCUUGGCUCAAUGGGAAGCACACGAUCUUUGGCAAAGUUGUGGAAGGACAAGGGAUUGUCCAUAAAAUAGAACAGAUGAAAACCAACUCGGAUGAUGUUCCUGUGAAGCCUGUGAAGAUCAAGAAGUGCGGAAGCAUACAUCUCAAAGAAACUUACACCAUUUCAGACGAUCCCUAUGACCUUGCAGCAUGGAUUAAGGCUUCAGGAGUACCUCUAGGGAUGACCUUUGCUAUUUUAUCAUUUUUCCAUUGGGUCAUUCGCCAACUUAACCGUUAUAUUUAAAUUCAGAAAUUAAAUUUUUCAAUGCAAAUCGUCGUGUCCUCUGGUGGAAAAAAAUCACACCUUUCAUAACCUAACUUUUUUUUUCACAAUAAGGUUGACCGGAUACAGGAAAAGUGUUGUUAUUUAUUGAAAAUCAAUUAAAUUACUUAAAAAAUGGCAUCGAUAUAUGCUAAAAGUGAGUAUGAAUAAAGCAACAGGAAGUCUUUCAGUCUUGACAAUAGACUUUUUGCA